AUGGAACUGUCCCGCUCCAUGGAGUGCUCCAUUGAAACAGAUGGGACCAGUUCCCAGGCAGAUUCUUCCCUCUCUUUCCCAAAGGGGCUCCAAGUAACCUGGGAGGUCAACUAUGAUUCGAUUGGUGGUGGUGAUGGUCGUGGCGGUAGUAACGGUGGCUGCGGCAGCAACAGCAUUAGCAGCAACCAGACCUCAGCUCUGUGCUGUGAUUCGUUUGUCACCGUUGCAGAGGACUUGCAGGGGAAAGGCCCCGUGGCAAAUGAAAGUGUCAAGCUAAGAGGCCCCUUAAUGGAUGAGGACGAGCCCGUGAAGCAGAGGAAGAAGACAAGCAACGGGCUCCAAGGUGUGCACGGCAAUCUUUUUGGAAAACCUCUCAUUAGAAGUCAUUUGACGGAGGCACAAAGAUUGCUUCCCAAACUGGAGAUGCUAACCUCAGCUAGCGCCUUCUAUUCUCUUUAAGGGGCUUGUCAGGCUAUGGAUUCAUUUACAACUGUUAGUCAUGUGGGCAUGUGUGAGGAAACAGAUGCCAGUUUUAAUGUAUUUAGCCCGAAGUUACAAUUUGAUAGGAGCCACUGUCAGUCUCUGAGGUUCCACCAAAAUAUGGAACUUGAUUUUGGACAUUUUGACGAAAGAGACAAGACAUCCAGGAACAUGCGAGGCUCACGGAUGAAUGGGCUGCCCAGCCCCACUCACAGCGCCCAUUGUAGCUUCUACCGAACCAGAACCUUGCAGGCACUGAGCAACGAGAAGAAAGCCAAGAAGGUACGUUUCUACCGCAAUGGGGACCGCUACUUCAAGGGGAUUGUGUACGCUGUGUCCUCUGACCGUUUUCGCAGCUUUGACGCCUUGCUGGCUGACCUGACUCGAUCUCUGUCUGACAACAUCAACCUGCCUCAGGGAGUGCGUUACAUUUACACCAUUGAUGGAUCCAGGAAAAUCGGAAGCAUGGAUGAACUGGAGGAAGGGGAAAGCUAUGUUUGCUCCUCAGACAACUUCUUUAAAAAGGUGGAGUACACCAAGAAUGUCAAUCCCAACUGGUCUGUCAAUGUGAAGACAUCCGCCAAUAUGAAAGCCCCCCAAUCCCUGGCUAGCAGCAACAGUGCCCAGGCGAGAGAGAACAAGGACUUUGUGCGCCCCAAACUGGUGACCAUCAUUCGCAGCGGGGUGAAGCCUCGGAAGGCUGUGCGUGUGCUUCUGAACAAGAAGACAGCCCACUCUUUUGAGCAAGUCCUCACUGACAUCACCGAAGCCAUCAAGCUGGAGACCGGGGUUGUCAAAAAACUCUACACUCUGGAUGGAAAACAGGUAACCUGUCUCCAUGAUUUCUUUGGUGAUGACGAUGUGUUUAUUGCCUGUGGUCCUGAAAAAUUUCGCUAUGCUCAGGAUGACUUUUCUCUGGAUGAAAAUGAAUGCCGAGUCAUGAAGGGAAACCCAUCGGCCACAGCUGGCCCAAAGGCCUCUCCAACCCCUCAGAAGAGUUCAGCUAAGAGCCCUGGCCCCAUGCGCCGGAGCAAGUCUCCAGCUGACUCAGGUAACGACCAAGACGCAAACGGGACCUCCAGCAGCCAGCUCUCCACCCCCAAGUCUAAACAGUCACCCAUCUCCACGCCCACCAGUCCUGGCAGCCUCCGGAAGCACAAGUUCCUGUUCCGUUCCUUUAAUGACCCCUUUAACUCUCUGGUAUUGACCCCGGCCAGAACCUUCUAA